UCACUCUAAACAACGCUGGGCCAGAAUUGCAGGGAAAAGCUGGAGGUUCAGACCAGACUUGUUGAUCUCCAUUAAGAGACAGCAGAAGGAAAGAGAGGCGCUUUCCUCUGUGUCUUUAGAACGAGAAAACGUGGCUCCAUUUUGAAAUGUAGACGGGGGCGGAGGGAGCGAGCCUCAUCCAAGUGCAGGCCUUGGGAAGCUGCUUGCAAAAGGAUCCUGGGAAUAAUCAGCAGCUUUCAGGCGGCUGUGUGGACCCAUUUGCCUUGCUUCCCUCCUCCCAGCCCGGGGUUCUUGGACAUACUGGAAUAUUAUUGUGAUCUGUCUGCCUAGGGCUUCCAGGGAGCCAGUGCAAACGGCCUCAGCUUGCUGAUCGCUUUCUGGCUGAUGCAGGAUGUAGCCACGCGUUGGGUUCCCUGUUCUCCGCCGACUGCCCGGCUUUGAUGCUUGGCGAAGAAGCUCUUCGGCAUGGAGGGGAAGGGGAAGGAGAACAGGUGAAGCCCGCCGGCUCUGAAGCGUGAGUGCCCGUCCCCGCGGAGCCUUCCAGAGGCAGCGAUGCCCGCGGGCAUGAACAAGCAUGGAUCUCGGUCUUCUACCUCUUUGCCUCCAGACCCCAUGGAGAUCGUUAGGAGCAAGACCUGCUCCCGGAGGGUCAAACUCAACGUGGGGGGCCUGGCGCACGAAGUUCUCUGGCGAACCCUGGACAGGCUGCCCCGGACCAGGCUGGGCAAGCUGAGGGAUUGCAACACGCACGAGUCCCUCAUGGAGAUCUGUGACGACUAUAACCUGGAGGAGAACGAGUAUUUCUUUGACCGGCACCCGGGGGCAUUCACUUCCAUCUUGAACUUCUACCGCACGGGCAAGCUGCACAUGAUGGAGGAGAUGUGCGCUUUGUCCUUCAGCCAAGAACUGGACUACUGGGGGAUCGACGAGAUCUACCUGGAGUCCUGCUGCCAGGCCAGGUACCACCAGAAGAAAGAACAGAUGAACGAGGAGCUGAAGAGGGAAGCCGAGACGCUGAGGGAAAGGGAAGGGGAGGAAUUUGAUAACACCUGCUGCGCCGACAAGAGGAAAAAACUCUGGGACCUUCUAGAGAAGCCCAACUCUUCAGUAGCUGCCAAGAUUUUGGCCAUCAUUUCCAUCAUGUUCAUUGUAUUAUCUACAAUAGCCUUGUCACUUAAUACGCUUCCUGAACUACAAGGCACGGAUGAAUUUGGACAAACCACAGAUAACCCUCAGCUUGCCCACGUAGAGGCAGUGUGCAUUGCAUGGUUUACAAUGGAAUACCUCUUGCGGUUCCUAUCCUCACCUAAGAAAUGGAAGUUUUUCAAAGGCCCCCUGAACGCUAUUGAUUUGCUAGCUAUCUUGCCCUAUUAUGUUACUAUCUUCCUCACAGAAUCAAACAAAAGUGUACUUCAGUUCCAAAAUGUACGCAGGGUGGUUCAGAUAUUUCGUAUCAUGAGGAUACUCCGAAUUCUAAAGCUUGCCAGGCACUCAACUGGUUUACAGUCCUUGGGAUUUACACUAAGGAGGAGCUAUAAUGAGCUUGGAUUACUCAUCUUGUUUUUGGCCAUGGGCAUUAUGAUCUUUUCUAGCUUAGUUUUUUUUGCAGAAAAAGAUGAGGAUGAUACAAAAUUCAAGAGCAUCCCAGCUUCCUUCUGGUGGGCAACUAUCACCAUGACAACAGUAGGCUAUGGAGACAUCUACCCCAAAACUCUCUUAGGCAAAAUAGUUGGAGGGUUGUGCUGCAUUGCUGGAGUGCUGGUGAUUGCUCUUCCCAUCCCAAUCAUUGUAAAUAACUUCUCUGAGUUCUACAAAGAGCAGAAGAGGCAGGAGAAAGCCAUCAAGCGCAGAGAAGCACUUGAAAGAGCAAAAAGAAAUGGCAGCAUUGUCUCCAUGAAUAUGAAGGAUGCUUUUGCCCGUAGUGUAGAACUGAUGGAUAUUGUGGUUGAAAAAAAUGGAGAAAGCACAGGCAAAAAGGAUAAAGUUCAGGACAAUCAUUCGUCCCCCAGCAAGUGGAAAUGGACCAAGAGAACACUCUCUGAAACUAGCUCCAGUAAAUCUUUUGAAACUAGGGAACAAGGAUCUCCAGAAAAGGCCCGGUCCUCUUCCAGCCCUCAGCACCUGAAUGUCCAACAGUUGGAGGACAUGUACAACAAAAUGGCAAAGACUCAGUCACAGCCAAACCUCAACACUAAAAACACAGGUCACCCUGGAAAGCAAAAGGAAGAGCUAGAAAUGGAGAUCAUUCCUGGCCCUACAGUCCCUUUAUUGACCACCCGUGCUGACGGGAUCAUUGACAUGAGGAGCAUGUCAAGCAUUGACAGUUUUAUAAGCUGUGCUACAGAUUUCCCUGACUCUGGGAAAUUCUCCCACAGUCCACUUGCUACACUUCCCUGCAAAGGAGGUGUUAAUCCAAUUCAGGAGCAAAUCAGGGCAGAGGGAAGUGGAACCAGGUUCAUGGAGAUAAACCCAAAGCUGGAAGGCAGCCAUCGCUCUACAUUUUUCAUAGAAAGUCCCAACAGCUCCGUAAAAGCCAGUAACCCUUUAAAAUUAAGAUCUCUGAAAGUCAACUUUAUGGAAGAUGACAACAGCACAUUAGAACCAGCAUCAAAUGUACUGAGAAUAUAUCCAGAUGCUCUCAAGGACAGGGGAGCUGCUGCCGCUGCAAGCAGUUCCUUACUCUCUGAUCGAUCUUUAGUCAGUCCAGAAACCUCUAUCUACACAACAGCGAGUGCUAGAACACCCCCAACAUCGCCAGAGAAGCAGAUAGCAAUAGCCUUCAACUUUCACGAUGCCAGCAUACAUAAAUAUAUAGAUGCUGACACUGAUGAUGAAGGUCAGUUGCUUUAUGACUCCACCCCUCCAGGAAAUGUAAGUCCCAAGUACAAUAUUACAAACAGUGGUUAUCUAAAGCAAAAAGAUAACAUUUAUAGAAUGGAGAAGAACCAUCUAGAGAGUGCUGCUUUACCCACUUCACCGAAGUUUAUAGGGCAAAACUGUAUUUACUCCAUGGAAGGUAUCACUGGAAAAACCCAGGGCAAUCAGGAGACUAUCAGACUAGAAAAUCACAUUUCACCCGAGGUCCAUAUAUUACCAGGUGGUGGAGGACAUGCUAACACCCAUGAUCAAAGCAUCUGACAUGUGCUCCAAAAAACUUGUUGAACGUUAAAAGGAAUGUCUUUACAGUCAACACAACGAAAGAGAGCUUCUGCAUGGCAUGAACUUUGACUGAAGCAAGCCACUUGUUUCUAAACGUCUGAGGGAAGGCCUUGUGUGGGUUUAUGAAAACAUCCUUCUCUGGAACAACUAUAAAGAUGUUGCCCAAUUCAUCCUACAAACAUCAAUGAAAAUAAAGAUUGCAAGUCUUGCUCAUGCUUUGAUCUCCUUUCAUGUCCUUCAUUGAAGUCAGCAUGACCAAAUAUACAUCCACUCCUCUUGUACGAUGGAUCUCCUUUUGGAAGUGUUAACAUCUGAUUUGUGUUACUUCCAUAGAAGAGGUCAAAGGCAGCCAGAUUUGAACUCUGGAACAAAUUACUGGGGUUGUAUAAAGUUAUUAGAAACACAAUACUUGCUGCUUCAGGGCAGCUGUUCCAGAUAGCCCCAUCUGCAUCUUUCUUUCUUAUGGAUACAGUGUCUAAAGGUAACAGGGAACACUUGAGUAAAUCUAAGCUUAUGUCUAUUUACAAUAACAGUGGUCGAGAGAAAUAAAUUAUUAAUCUGCCCUGUGUAUGUUUAAUUCUUCCAGAUACUGUAGGACCUGAUGUUUUAUUUUGAAAUCUAAUCAGGGUGAGUUGCACCACUUGUAUCUAAUUUAAAAUGCUCCCCUAGAAAGUAGUGAAACUUGCACUUGCCCACUGCUAAAAUCAAUACCUAAUCUGGGGCUAGAGAGGGGCUUCUAAGCCACAACCCACAUUGGGGGAGUGUGAAGGGACAGGGCAGAAGUAGGACUCUCCAGGGGCACUUUGGCUGACUCAGCCAGAAUUCUUCCAGGGUUCUGCGGGAGAAUGCACCUGAGUGAGAGCUCAACACAUUUACAGGGUGUAACAUGCUCCCUCUUUCUACUAGUCCAAUACCCCAUACCGCCUGUUCUGUGCAGAAGGCAGGGGCCCAGGAGUUGCCCUGUUUGGAGAGUUCAGGCAUUCUAGGCUUGUACACUGCUUGUGUUCCAGCUGGCCCCUACACCAGAGUGUAAAGAGUGGCAGUGAUGACUCCUUGUACCCGCCCACUCUGACUUCCAUAGUCACUUAGGGGUCAGCUUCAAUCUAGCUCAUAAAGUAGGAGGAGAGGAACGAGUCAGUCUGAAGCAUUUUGCACUCAGUCGAUGUCGAAUGACUAGAUAUGCAAGUUGUUAACGAAAUAUGCAAAAACAGGACUUAUUUAAUUAUACACAACAGGGCUGAUUGUGCUGUCACUUCCAAUGGUGAAAUCAGGAGUGACUCCAUUGAAACCAAUGAAGUUACACUAGCAUAAAACAGAUAUAAGUGAGAGGGAAAUCAGGUCAAGUAGCUUAAUAAUAUUCAAUCUUUUUCUUAAAAAUGACCAUUUUAAACAAAUGCAACUAACAGCAACCAGCUUAGGUUUUAAACAUUGUCCUUCUAUAAAGUUAUUUUGACUUGUGUAGAAAAUAUUUUUUCUUUCAUUUGUAAUAUUCAAAAAAAAAAGCACUUUCUGUUGAGAGGGGUUUUUUGUUUUUAUUUUUGGGUGUUUUUAUGUGUGAAGGUGGAAUAACAAACCAGAGUGUAAGAAUCUAGCACUUUAAACAAGCACUAUCUUCAUUUGUGCCUCCUGUUAUGGCUGUGAUUUGUUACACACAUGUAACAAAACACAAUCCGUCCUGUGAUAACUGUGAUAGUAACACUUUAUGUUGUCUGUUUCUAUUGUAAAGCUAAACUGUAAAUAACUUAUAUCAAUAAGAGUUUGAUGCAUAUUUAUGAGUACCUGCUGUGAUGUGUAACUAUUUGCAUGCAACAGGUCUUGGUACAUAAAUAUCAAGUGUCACUUUAUAAAGAAUACUCUACGUCUCUAGGAAGAUAAACUAUCUGGGUCUGGUGCAUUUUAUUCCUUUCUAUUGCAAAAUAGCUGUUGGUUGGUCCUGAAUGUAACUGUCUGUCCACUCUAUAUUAUACUUCUGUCUAUCAGUAACAAUGAAUGCAGCACGUACAGAUGAAAGCAAUAAGCACGUACAUGUUUUAGGAAUUGUUAUGGGUUGUAACUACAGCUUUGUUAGGUCUGUACUUGGAACAGUACUGUACACAUAUUUGGAUCUAUUCUGCCCUCAGUAUGCAGAGCAAUUAUCCAGAUUACUCCCCUCAUGUUGGGUUAGAGUUUGAGGUCCUUCCUCAAAGUUUUUACUCACUUCUUAAUAAGGCUGAAUCCUGGGAAAUUUCCUGAAUGAGAAGACAGAAAGAACAAACUGAGUAAGGACCUCAAGAAUUAGCCUAGUGACAGGAGAACAGACCUCAUUCCAUGCAAAGUGUUACACAGCAGGUACUGAAAAUAAAUAAAAGUACCUGUCCAUACAGAAGCAUCUUCAGAGCACUUAUAUAGGGCCAGUUCCUGAGGGUCAUAAGUCAGCUUUAACUCAGUCUUGACUCAAACAAAACUCAUUCAUUUGAAUGGGCAUUUUGCCUGACUAAGGAUUUCAGGCUUUGGCCCAUUGUAAAUACAAGUGUACUUAGGAGAACUAAUGUAGUGUGUUGCUGAGAUACUUGUUAAGACUGAAUAAUUAUUAGAAAGUAAAGUUAAAGUGACUUUCCAGCAGAUAAAGCGUUAAGUAUUGACUGAUUCUAUGGGUUGCUAGGCCAUAGAGUGGAAACGAGAAAUUUUAAAGAGAGUAGUAUCGAUGUUUCAGUCAUCAGCCAUGUCUGCCAUCAGCACAAAUGUAAAAAAUUAAAUAAAAAAAUAAUUCAGGGAAAAUAACUUUUUUUAUAAAGUAAAUAAUAGUGAUUUCCAAUUUAAAUAUUUUUAAAGCUGAUGCUUUCAUGUAAAAAAAAAGUCAUAUUUUACAUAUUAAGAAAGUGAUCAUAUUUAAAUAUAGCCAUACACUGUAGUGUUUACCACACAUUCAUUUAAAGUGAUGUAUUUGGUUUAUAGAUGGCACUGACAAAAAUGUAUAGAUCAAUAAUUGUCAUUUUUUAAUAAAAACAACUGGUGCAACUCUCCUUGUAACCAAAGGCCCUCUCUCUGCCUUGUGUGAUCGAAUCUGACACACACCUUAUCUCAUCUAUUUAGUCUUACCAAUAAAGUAGCAUUUUAUUGAAUCACUUUUGAACUGGCUGUCAAAAGUAUCAUUAAAUUUCUACCUUUUAAGUCUUAAUGGCCAAAGUCCUAUAGAUUUCUUAUAGAAAGAGAAUAAUGUACAAUAAAGCAUAUAAUAUGCUUGAAGAGCAUUUCUUUCUUAUUUGUGCGUGAAGAUGUAGCUCUUAUUUUGUGCCCAGUUAAAAAAUGAAAUACGAGUAACUUAUUUUAAUGAAAUAAAGUCUGAAUAAGAAAUGUAUAUCUAUAUAUAUGUGUGUGUAUGUGUACAUAAGACAUAUAUAUAUAUGUAAGCACUGGGAAAUCUACUGUCAGAUGAAAAGCUACAUUAGACUGAGAGUCUGUACUCAUUACAGAAGAAAAGGCAGUGCUUUGAAAACGUAAUGCUCACCAAAUCCCGUAGGUAUCUAAAGGGCAACUUCAUUUUACAGUUCAUUUGAUAAAUGUUUCCCUGAUCUUCUAAAAUUGGAGGGGAACUAUGUAAUAUCUCUUGCAUCAAACUAAAGUCUGCAGAUCAGUCGCUAAUAUCUGGCAUUGAGGUCCUUUACUGUGUACCAUGUGUCAAGCAAGCUGAUAGAAUUUUAUCUACUGCAGCAAAGAGCAUCACAAUCGAAAGGAUCAUGUGCACAUGAUGUCUGGGUUCCUACUUGUCUCUUACGCAAUCUACAACUUUAAAGGUAGAUAGAUAGAUAGAUAGAUAGAUAGAUAGAUAGAUAGAUAGAUAGAUAGAUAGAUACUUGUGGAAGGAAUGGGUGCAGUUUUCUUAACCAGGAGGCAAAAGAUUUUUUGACUUUUAGCUUUAUACAAAGGAAAACAACAGUAAUUUAUUGUAGUAGAUUUCUCAGUGCCUUUUCUUAGAAACUUCACCUAAGCACAUUUAAGGAAAAACAAAAACAGACUCUCCUGUGAAACCCACAUUUUAUGAAAGAUUCAAGAAUCAAUAUGAGAAAAGAAGAAGAAGAAAGAAUGCCAAUGGAACACAUAUUCUCUUUCUGAUCAUACUGUGUCAAAGGCCUGGGGAAUAUUAAUCUGUGCACGUCACGUAGAAACAAACCCUACACGGUUGGUCUCUUUGGCAACUAUGGCUGUGAUAAACUGUAGCCUUUUCUUCCCUUGCAGCUAAUAUGAUAAACAUUUUUAAGGAAAAACAGUAUUCUCUUCUGUAAAAUUGUAAUGUAUUGUUAAUAUUUGUAUCUAUUGUAUAUUUAUGUUUUGACAGAAUUAUGGCUGGUACAGUUUAUAAUAAAUAACAGGGGUAUUUAAAAUUCAUUACGAAAACAAGGUUGCUAAUGCCAGGUUCUCUCUGUUGAUAAGUUCCGCAUAAUAUUAUCUCCAGUCGUUUUUACGAGACUUCUCAAACACCUCAUUUUAAGCAAAUAGUAGAAUUCCUGGGUAAGGUAAUAAAACAAUGGAAACUGUAUGGCAUUUACAUUCUACAAUAUAGCUCAGAGAGUCAACAAAAUGUGGAGGUGAAGCAUCCCAUAUAUCUAUUUCUUUAGCAAAGCUCUCAUAUUUUAUCAAUUAUUACACUUAUGGUAACCAAAAUGAACCAAGCAUUAGCUUAGAUUGCUUUAGAAUCACCCAGUUGGGCAGAAUAUGGCUUUAAAUAAUUCUUGAUUAAAGUACAGAUGUUCUCUGUACCGUCUGUUUGCCAUUGUGUUGGCUCUAUAAGUAUCUGCUGUAUGGAAAAGUCUAUUUUUCUGUUCAGAUUUUAAAUAUUAUAUAUAUAGAAUAUAAAUAUAUAUCUGUAUUUUUAGCAAAUUUAUAAUAGGGCAAACAAGUCAAAUUUCUUCUUUUUGUAUUACAGAAUAAUAUAUUAGCAGCUAUUGUUGUUCAUUUACAUAGCUGAUUUCCUGAGUGUUUUUUGUUAUGUCUCUGUUCUGAGAACACCAGAAAUAUCCCUCCUGAAGUAGGUCUGUGAAAGGUCACAGAAUCUCUUUGAUGUCAUCAUGUAUUUGUAUUUUCCUGGUUGUUGUCCUUAAAAAUAAACAAAAUACAAGGACAGUGCAUGGAAACUAAGGUGUGUUUUCUUAAAAAAGGAGAGAAUGGGCCAGACAGUGAUCUCAGGUUCAAUGGUGUAGAUUUGGAGGAACUCCACUGAUUUCAACCCUUAACUGCAGCCUUUGACUUCAGUGGAGUUUUUCCAGAUUUACGUUGAUUAAGCUGAGAUCAGAAUCUUGCCCAGUGUGUAGAAGGGACUAGAUUUGGAAAUCACCAUCAUCAUAAUAAUUAGUGCUGGAGUCAACUACAAAAGUUUUAGGGAUGGAGUUGAGAUAAGCACCAAAACUGAAAGUUCAGGCUCUUAUCCAACCUGAAUAUCUGAUGGUGUAUUCUUUAUUUAGAUAAAGCUCCCACUGAAAUUCCAAGCCCAGUGGGAGUUUUGCCUAAAUAAAGACUGCAGGGUCAAGCAAAUGUUGUAUUUUGAUAUUGCCACCUUCAAUCCUGGGCAAAACCAGGAAUUGUGGAGAACAUUUAUUUAUCCAAAUUCCUAAAUAUACAAUUUCAGAAAGGGACUGGAUUUGGAUUUGGUGAAGGCAAAGUUUUGUCCAUGUACUUAGUUCUUCUUAAUCAUUUUGCUGCUCUCCAAUUACGUCACCUACAAUGAAACAAAAAUACAAGAGAAAAACAAAUGCCUUGAUAUAUACCAUUUCAUGGCCCUAUGAAGUCAAUGGGGAGUUUGCCUGGAUAGCAUUGACCCUAAAUCUAUGCAUAAAUAUUUCUUUUUUAAUUGGUCCAAAUGUUUAAACAUGAAAUUAAGAAGAAGCAACUGUUUGCACAUUGGCAGUUUCUUUCCAGAGUUGAAAGUCUAGCGCAGUACCUUCUGUUAGCCCAGCUCUAUAUUUACAUAGCUAUGGUCUCUUUGUGGAAUUUUCCUAUAUGCCUGCAACCCUAGAGAGCAAACCUGAAACAUGAUUUAAUUAGAAAUCUGUACAUUUGAAAAUGUAUAAAUAAUCAGCAAUCCCAGUAUGAACAAGCUUGUAAAGACCAGCAAAGGUUGCUUUGCCAAUGAUUUAUACAUUAGCAAAGCUCAGCUACCACGUGAGGAAAUAAAUGAAUGGAAAAUGUGUUUCUGUUUCUGAAAGGGAGCCACACCUCCAACUAGCCAACGCAAUAAUCCUGCACAUCUGACAUCUACAAUCGUAUAAAAUGCCCUUCAAAAGGGCAUACCAAUAAAAUACUUGGUUUACUCAAUAUGUUAUGGACCAAAUUCACCACUGCAGUAAGCUGUAUUUGCUUAUUCCAAUGUUAAAUUUGACCCGCUGCUAGCUCGCUUGCAUUAGGAAAAAACAUAUCCAAAUGUCAGUCAUCUCACCAAUUAAAAGGUGAUUGAUUUCCAGCAUGUGUUUUGCAGCCAUGUACCAAUAUAAUUAGGCUUUUGGGCUUAAAGAAAAGUUGUUGUUUUUCGCAAAGACAAAAGAAAUCUUCUGAAAGGUAAAAGUUCAUAUUCCCCUUUGUUGCUGAUGUUACCUAAACCACCACCAAGUGUCCUUUGACACCAAUGGUCAGGUGCCACAACUGUUCAUAUCUGUAAAUAUGGCUCAAUUUUGCUUUUCUUGAUUCUGGCUUCAUCGCACAAUAAAUUAUGUUAGAAUCUUAGGAAAGAAUACUUCUCAUUUUUAAAUAGAGAGUAAUACUAUUAUAUUGAUGUUCUGUAGGUCUGAGCAAGGCUAAACAUUUGAAAUUUUAAAGGGAUGCUUAUAACAUUGCAGCUAUGCUGCAUUAAACAAAAUAAGUAAAUUUGCACUCAGAGCAAAGACCCACUGUAUUCAGAUCUUUUGGACAUGCCAGCAAAUAUAUUUUAGGGAAAACUAAAGGCUUUGUGUGAUCUCAGGGAUGGAAUACAGCUGUCCAUUGCACCUGUUUGAAAACCGUCUUUUGGGUAGGGGGAAGUGAAAAACAGUAAUAAUUAGAUGGAAGUGUGUGAAAGAGAAUGACAAUCAUUUCAUUCAGAUUUGUUGGUUUAUGAUCACGCUAUGUUAUUUCUCUUUAAAUGUGCAAGAUCAUCUUGGGUGAACUCCUGGCCCCAUUGAAGUCAAUUAUAAAACUCACAUUGACUUUAAUGGGACUAGAUUUCACCCCAUAUUUUUAUAAUUUAUCAGGGCCUUAGACAAGGACUUGUUGAUUUGUACAAGUAGUUACCAACAGAUAUUGUAUCAGUUACUGUGUUACACCUUUCAGUCUCCUUGCUAAUUUGCAAUUAAGACCAUGUGAGGACACACCAAUUCUGAUCUAUGCGCAGUACUUCAUGGUUAUUGUACAGUAUUUCAAUUUUGAUCUGUCCCCCUGAUGUGUCUCUUGUCUUUUAUCCUCCUCUAUCUUGUUUCUGAAGUACUGCUAAGCUCAUGUUGCCUCCUAUGACCACCAGCUUUGUUUUAUAUUCUGUUGGUUUGAGCCCUGAGGGAUAGGACACUUUUCAGUCCUUGCCAGCUUUUUUACGGUUGGUGUAUAGAGCUGCUUUCACAAUAAAACAUUCCCUGUUGGUUUGUCAUUGUGGCAGAUCCUCCAUAUUACGUUGAACUUUGAAGCCAUGAUAAGGAGUGAUUCCUAAUACCUAAGACUGAAAAGCCAGCCACAGCUCCUAAAUUGCACCAAAUCUCAACCUUUUUAUAUAUUAUUGGCAUUAGAAGAUUUUGAUCUGCUGUACCCAACUUUAAUAUAGAAGAGUCCUGCUUUUUAAUCAGUCCAGUGAAGUGGUUCUUGAAUGGAGAGAAAACAUCUAAAGGUGCACUUCUCUUUAUGCUCUUAAAGACAUACCAUGUUGUAACAAACUUAUGACUAUUUCGGGAAGUCACAGCUGUCUUUCACUAUGCUAUACAUCAGACCCAUUCAGAAUUUCACAGUGCCUGCAGGGAUAGAACAAAUACCCUCCUGCUCCAGAAGCACAGGCCCCCAUCAUGUCAGCAAACACACUCUCCGUUAGCGAUAUAGGGCCUAUGAGCCACAGAUGAGCAGUUCUGAUGAUAUUCACUAGAGGGUGGGGGCAGGCGGGGGCAUACACACUAGCCAGUACAUUAGUGCAAUAAAAAUGGUACCGGUUUUUAAAAAGCAUUUAAACAGUAAAGCCGGUAUUUUAACACCAAAUAAAAACUGGAAAAAAUUCCUGGGACUCUCCUGGCAGAUUUGGGUGGAAUUAUAGUGAGAAAGGGCAGAAAAUAUAAAGUCUAGUGCUCCACUGCUUUACACCGUGUUUUGUCAUUUUAUAACUGUGGAAAGUGGAGGCACUAGUAAAUCAGGCCCAAAAUGUAUAGUGAAGGGUAGUUGUUGCCAUGCAUGUCCUGCUGCCCCAGCAGAUUCAGCACGGUCAGCAUGUGUUCCUCGUUCUAUUAGAUUGGAUCACACUAAGGGACAGCAUGUCAGAAGAUGUUUUUUCACUGUUUGAGCAAUAUCUACUUGACACCCUUGUGUUUUGGGGUAACUAUGAUUCCAUUAGCCAUACACUAGUGCACUUAGAGUCCUACGUUUUGGGAGGGGAGAGGGAGGGUUUGGUGCGUUCUUGUUUUUGUUUUGUUUUUUGGUAAAUAGUCCUCCUUCGUUGAAGUUUAUUGAUCACUCCAGUUGUUUCUGUAAAAAAUAAUUUUAAAAAAAUUAAAAAAUCAAUGUCUUUAUAUGCAUGUAAUGGUAUGAAACUGUGAUCAAUGUGUGACAUUCAGAAACUGUACUGUCUUGUAAAAUAUGUCCAAAUGUCUACAGAUUUUAAAGCAAUGGUCCCCUACUGCAGAAAUAAAUAAAAAGGUAUGGAUAAAACUGA